AGCAUUUACAGAUUCACAAGAAAAAUAAUUGAACAUUAUUUUGCCAUAUGUGUUAAAUUGAAUUCGUAAAAAAAACGUUGACUUUUCGAUAAGAAGACAACAGGAAUCUAGCAGCUGCUUGUUGAUGGCACUACGCGCUUGGAGGACUUGGUUUGGGCAGGUUUUGCGCAGAGUGUCUAGGCUGCAGGGCUCGUGGUCCCGGCGAUCGAGCAGUCUCCUGUYUCUCUCUGCGAACCCGGAGCAGGAUUUGGGGACCUGUUACAGGGAUCACACACAUAGCAGUCUCCACUACUGCUCUUCUGUCCACCGCACCCACCGUCACCAACACGCGCCAGUCUGUCCCUCCUCUUUCAGCCGCUGCCAACGCUUUCCCGAUUGCUGCGCAGCCUUCCCGGGGGAUCGGAGGGGACAUGAGCCCCUCACUCGCCGGUUCCUGGUGGUCAUGAAGCGGCAGAACGUGCGGACCUUGUCCCUGAUCAUCUGCACGUUCACGUACCUGCUGGUCGGGGCCGCGGUGUUCGAUGCCCUGGAGUCAGACUUCGAGAUGCGGGAGAAAGAACAGCUGGAGGCAGAGGAGAAGCGUCUCCAAGGGAAAUACAACAUUAGCGAGGACGACUACCGCAAACUGGAGACCAUCAUUAUGGAGGCCGAGCCCCACAGGGCCGGAGUUCAGUGGAAAUUUGCGGGAUCUUUUUACUUUGCCAUCACAGUCAUCACCACCAUAGGUUAUGGCCAUGCAGCUCCCGGCACAGACGCGGGGAAGGCCUUCUGCAUGUUCUAUGCCGUCCUGGGGAUACCCCUGACCCUGGUCAUGUUCCAGAGCCUGGGCGAGAGGAUGAACACCUUUGUCAAGUCCCUCCUGAAGCGCAUCAAGAAGUGCUGUGGCAUGCACAUCACCGAUGUUUCCAUGGAGAACAUGGUGACGGUGGGGUUCUUUUCCUGCAUCGGGACGCUGUGCAUCGGGGCGGCCGCCUUCUCCCACUACGAGGACUGGAGCUUCUUCCAGAGCUACUACUACUGCUUCAUCACACUGACUACCAUCGGCUUCGGGGACUUUGUGGCCCUGCAGAAGAACCGGGCCCUGCAGCGGAGGCCCCUGUACGUGGCCUUCAGCUUCAUGUACAUCCUGGUGGGCCUGACUGUCAUAGGAGCCUUCCUCAACCUGGUGGUGCUGAGGUUCCUGACCAUGAACAGUGAGGACGAGAGGCGAGACGCAGAGGAGAGGGCCUCGCUGGCGGGGAACAGAAACAGCAUGAUCAUCCACAUUCAGGAGGACACGCUGGGGAGAGGAGGAGGUGCAGGGAGGAGGCGCAGGGAAACGCAGGGCCAGUUCUGCUCCGAGGUCACCGAUGUGCCAUCUGUCUGCUCCUGCAUGAACUACCACUCACAUGAGUUUGGUAGCUGUGGGGGAGAGAUGGGAGUAGGGAGAGGGAUGGGGGGAGGAGGAGGAGGGAUAGAAUGUGCCUUCUCCCACCAGAACUCCUUUAGUUCCCAGUUGAACCCCCACCAGUACUUUCACUCGGUGUCGUACCGCAUCGAGGAGAUCUCUCCCAGCACCCUAAAGAACAGCUUCUUCCCCUCGCCCAUCAGCUCAGUCUCCCCAGGCCUCCACAGCUUCACAGACAAUCGCCGACUCAUGAAGAGAAGGAAAUCUAUCUGAGCCUAGUGCAUCAUAGUGUUUUGAACUAUAUGUUGCAUUUCAACGUUUUUGCCUAAAUGGUAAAACGUUGAAAUGGAACAGAUCAUCAGACUGGGUUGGCCUAUCUACACAGGCAACUCCUAGCUUUCCUUUUUUAUAUACAAGUACAAUGCAUCUCCAAUGUUGCUCCUAACCAAAUCUUAUUUUAGAACUUUUGUUUUGUUUCUUUUGGUUGGUCUAAGGAUAUAAUAUAUUGAAGCGAUUCAUAGGGAUUGACAGAAGAGGAAGGAGCUUCGGAAAGAAAUGGAAAACCUUUUGGACAUGAAUUGUGUUUUUUUUUCUUGUGAGGGAUUCAACGCAUGUAGCAUGGACACUUAGUGUCCCAGGGAAUUGGCCCAUCUGAGAAAUACAAAUCAGAACCAUCAGAUGUUAUUACAACUUUCCUUAUUGCCGGCUCAUUAAAAUACUAUAGGAUCUUGGUAACAAUGUACCAAAUGAUGCACACUUAGCAUUGUAAUGGAGAAAUGCUAUUUUUUUAAAGUGAGUAUGCCUGUUUCACCUUAACUUAAAAUGAUUGCAGUUAAGUGCUUUUGAAAUGACUUAAAAAGCAUCAGGUAUUAUUUUCUAUAAGCAAUUCUAUCUAGGAAAAAAAGCAAAAUGAUUUAUUUACAGAACAUCAUGCCAAAAUAUUGUUGCCAAUCUUAGCAUGUGCAUUAGAAGUCAUCAAAUGAGUGUUUCAUUUUUGUUUCUUUUUUUUAAAUAGCAGAUUUGGUAUUAUUAUGGUUUGUGUCUGUAGAUGUUUUCUUUCUGGAUUUCAGAUUGUGUAAAAUAUGAGGAUGAGAAAAGGAGUAACAAGGGUUUUAUGGCUUUCCAGUUUGAAAAAGUUGCUAUGUGCAUGUACUUGUGAAACUGGUAUGCAUAUAGAUGUAUGAGAAAAAAUAAUAAUAACCUUGCAAUUUAUUUGAAUUUUGAUAGCAAAUAAUCAUAAUAAUGAUUUAAAAAUAUACUUAAUUUAUUUAGCCACUUAAAAGUAAUGAUGUAUAGUGUAGGCUAAACAGCUUAUUUGUUUUUCCAUUUUUUUCCAUUCUGAAAAAUUGUACAAUAACCUUUGCUCUCAGGUUUUGAAUGGAUAGCCUAUUUAGGUUCUGGUCCCCGAAUCAAAUCACGAAAAGAUAUCCCGGAAAUCCGAAUGCACCUGCCAAACAAAACAAUACAUAUCAAUUUAUUUUUUAAAUAGUACACAUUUUCCAGGAAAAGGAUAUUGAGAUGCAUCAUCUUACUAAGCGAAGCUUCCUGUACUAUAGACCAGCGUGGGUUCAGAGCGCGCGCACACACAUACAGAUCUUCACUGUAUCGAGCCAUAGAGGAGCAGGCCAGGAUACUGUACCACUGCUAUUCUAUAAGAAUGUUAAUGUUGAUGACAGGUGUAAUCCAAGAGUCCACACUUCAAUUGUGUCACUAAGAAUAUAUACACGCCUUCAGRUUACGAACACAAUGACAGGCAUUUGAGAUGUAUACAAUGAUGUUAUCCUUGGGUUUAAUACAAAACAUUGAAAUUCAAUGACAGUCAAAUGGCAAUCAAUGGGUGAAAAUUGACGAGAUGAAGGAGCAAUGCAAUACUCGGCAUUGAUUCGUUAAGCACAAAAUGUGCCAAUUAAGUCGGCAACAGGGCAAAGGGAUAAAUGCCAUGGAUACCAUUAGGCAGAUUUCCUGUCAUUGACACAGGUUAAUUAAACAAAAGAAAUGUCGCCAAUUUAUCGUUGCAAUGUGUAAUGAAAACGGCAGAUAUUGGAGACAUUUUUCUAAAGAUCAACAACAUUUUUAUCAGUUUGACAGGAUGUUUCUUUUGUCUAACUUUAUUUGUUGCGGCAAAUGAUGAUGGAAAACACGUUUUUUAAGAAACGAUGAUUGCCGAAUAAUUUUGAAGGUACGUGGGGAAAGUGAUGUCAUCACGUAGGUUGACUAUAAAGGUCCACUUCACAAUUCUAAAUGCAUACUGCUUGCAACAUCUAUUUUAUAAAAAUCUAUAUAAAUAAUUUUUCUUUGCAAGACAAGGAUUAUUCUGACUUUCAAGAAUGCCCGAAUUGCUUCGCCUUGCUUUUAUGGUUGGCUGGCAAGUUUCGCAUCCAAUUAUUUCAGAUCUACAGGAGUGCAUAGACCUUGGCGACAUGUUGGCACAUGAGGAUUAUUAUGGAACAUAUUCGUCUAUUAUUGCAUUCUAGUAUCCAUGCUGACUUUCGCGGGCUACCUGAGACAUGAAAGAGAUAGAUGAGAGGGCAUACAGGCUGUUGCCAAUUUAUUAAUGCGGAAAUUGCCUAAAUGGGUAAUGGAAACAAUUCUACCAAUACAUUUUUAUUCAAGACUAGGUUUUUGCAAAAAGGUUUUGGGGUUUAGCUGUGACGUCAUUACGUCCAGCUGUUUUUAGCGACACAAGAUAGUUACAUGGAAACGCACCCUAGCAGACAAUUAUUGCAUCUACUUUCUAUGUCGACAAAAAAAUCCCUGGACAAGUUAAUGGAAACAUACCUAGUGUCUGUCUUAAAUGAAAAUAACAAAACAUGAACAUCCAAGGUUCUAGAAUGUUCAGAUGACCCUAGAAAUGCAUAUGUAAAUAUACAGACUACUUUAUAUCUACUGUACAGUACAUAUAUUGUAAGUAUUCAUCCUUUGGAAUAAAACGGCCUUUCCACAGCUCAGAUGCGUUAGCAUUUUUACAAAUUUUAGCAUAUGUGCCUUUAAAAAACUAUAUUUCAAUGUUUCUAUUCCUGUAGGCACAUUUUAUGUCUGAGAAAUAAAUCAAACAUUGUCCUUAUAAAAUAUGUAUCCAUCUCUAAGGAUUCAUGUACACUUCAUACAAAUGCAAAACCAAAGCAGAAAUUGACUUAUUUUCGGCAAACCACACAGACACAAGCCGGCUGAUUUACAACUUAAAAAGUACUUAUUUAGGCAGAACUGCCACAGGUUCUACGCUUGUCGAAUUAUUGAGGUGAAUGAUGGGUAUAGGUGGAGAAAUCACUCUUACAUUUAGCUAAACUACUAUAUGUGUAAUUUAUUGGCAUAGAUGGUGGACAUGCACAUAGAUAUUAAGGGUUGAGAGUCAAUGUUAAAGUCAUUUUGAUUGAUUAUGAGUCAAUAUUGGCUUUUAAUGACUGAUCAUACCAUAGUGAGGUGAUGCCAACAUGAUAAUGCUUUACAAUGAUUUACAAGAGAGUAAAACAAUAAUUGUUACUGGGGUUUGCUUGCCAGGAAAUGUGCCAUAUUACCAUGCAUGGAUUAAAUGCUGAGUGAGUCAACAGAUAACAGAUGUUUGUUAACACAUAUAUAAAACACAUUGUACGAAAUACAUUGAUAUUGACUUGUGGUAUUUAUAUUAGUUGUUGAAUUAUCCCUACUCUUUCGAAGUAAUACAUUUGGCUUUUUACCUCCAAGCUGUGCACACAGAAACAGAAAGUAUUCUGGAUUCAGGUGGUUAUUGGCCGAUCUUUCUGCAUUCUGCAUGUCCUCCUAAUGCCUGAGGCUUAAUGUGGCAGAUAUCACCAUGUGCCGGCCAGCUCUCUAUCUGCCCAGAAGUCCAAAGUGCCAAGUUCUCCUAUUACAGGGACAAAGAGACACAUAUUGCACAACUAUAUGUGUCAUGAUGAACUCUAGAAGGCUGUUGGGUUACUUGUAUGAUUCCAUGUUACUGUUUAUUAAUUUCUCUAAUUUCUUGAGAUAAAAAAAUAAUCCUUUGCAAUAGAAUAUUUAUUUUUUAGGUCUGAUGAACAAAUGCCAUGUACCAUGUUUAUUUUACACAUUACAAAAAUGCUAAAUGCAUACCAUCUCCACAUGACACGUUUUAUCAAUUUGGUUAAACAAAUGACCAAAUUGACUCAAUGGACAUUUUUGUUUCACAGUUUUGGAAAACUCCUGAUGUCAAUACAUGCAGCGGUAUGGGCUUUCUCUUUUCAAUAAAUGGGAAAGAGCAACUUGUUGAGUAAACAACCAUUUAUGUUUAUGUUUUCAUUUUUGGGUGUGCAUGAUUUGGUGUGGUGACUUCCUGGUCAGGUGACCUGGGUGAAGCCAUGACACCACUUGAAUAAAAACUAUGAGCCUCCUUCUCACACGGCCCAAACCCUCUGA